CGAGCUGCGGCGGAGAAUGCCGACGAGCACCGAUCUCACGGGAGGCUCGCUUGCCCGCAAUGAAAGAAGCGUCCGUCAGUCGCUAGAGAGCGCUUUUCGUGUUAACAACGCGUCUCUGCGCAGCUCCGCGAGUCGCAGUAUCAUCGCACGUAUCACCGUGCCCGACGUCACGUAACUGCGCAAUCGUGCUCGCACCGUCCUUCCGAGCCCCCGGUGGGCCCACGCGCGUGCCUUGACAGUCGCGUUUGUUUGGCGGGAAAUCGACGGCCGUCGUAACUCUUCGUGCUUAUUUACGCGUUGUCAGAGGCGAUACUCGGUGGUGGACUCCCCCACCGCGGGAUCAGCAUAUUGCUGCGGGCCGUGUGCAAUAGCGGCGUUUUUUUUUUCUAUGGAAUUUUCUCGCGCCGAGACCACGAACUGCGUUACCGCGUCUCGGCUGUGCGUGGCAGUGCCUCGUCGUGUGUGAGUGCGAGACGCGAAGAAACGACGAGUGAGAGAGACAGAGAAAGAGGAGACUCCAGAGACAGAUUGGCUCGCGUCACGGACGAUCGCCACGGUGGACCACGAAAUUCGCGCGGGAUACGUCGCAACACGCUCUCUCGGCCGUUCUCGCUCACGGAUACUCACGCGCAAGUGCGGGCCGUGCGACGUUGCCGGAUCUAUACCCCCGUCCCGGAGGCUACGCCGAAGGAAGGAAUCUUCUCUUGCGUGUCGCGAACUUGCGGAGAAGAGUGAAUCGUGCGGAUAUCGAUAUUGCGUCGAUCGGGAGAGGAGUUCCUGCACGGGUUGGCCUUGACAGGACAGCUCGGGUGCGGUGCAGCGGGAUCGCGCGCGCGAGGCGGAGUUUGUUUUCGCCGCCGCUAUCUCUGUCUGGCACAUAGUAACCGUGUGGUGCCUCCCCCCCCCUGUGUUGCCAAGCGCGGCUGCUGUUCGCCGUGCACGCGUCGCCCUAUGAUCCACGCUUCCUCGGACGGAAAUCGAGCCGAGCAUCAUCGUCGUCGUUGCCCGUCGGGGCAAGCGUCACCGUUGCGGCACAUCGCGCGACCAUCGCAUCGACGAGCACGCGGAUCUGAGAGCGCGAGGAAGCGGUGCUCUUUGGUCAACGCUCGGCAGCAGUGCGGCCAUUCGAAAUUCGGUGGGUCGCGCCACGGAUCGCAGCGUUGCCACGUUCCUGUCCGCGUAGCCGCGAUUAUUUCAACGUCCCACGACUACGGCCGCUGGCGGCGGCAGCGGGGACGCGAUUCCUGGAAGGAGUCAUCAUCAUCCCUGCGUCACGGCCAAUGCUAGAAGAGGCGAUCUCUCUUAUCUCGCGUAGCGCGUGUCACAACUUCUCGAUAGUGUAGUGAAAGGGGCCACAGAGACGGUGAAGAAGCAACGGACGGAGAAAGAAUAGGAAGAGACUGCGCCGCGUGUGCUCGACUUAUCUUACACGACUUUUCGCGCUCAGAACUUUUGUGUUAUUUGUCUCCACGUGUGGGAACGAGCGCGCGCGCGCGGGUGAGCGUUUGCCGUAGUGGAGCGCGGCGGCGAUAGAGCGCGACGAGACGAAAUAUGAGCGCACGAGUGCUGAACCCGGCGAUGAUGACGGAAAUAAGCAGGAACCUAAGCAGCGGCGGUGGCGGUGGUGCCGGUGGUGGACGCGCGGCGCCGAGCAGGGCCGCCCUCGCCCGCGUGCGGCGCGAUCUCUUCGGACCGGUGGACCACGCGGCGGCUCGGGACCUCGCCGAGCGCGAAUUGCAGGCUCAAUCGCAGCUCGAUGCCGAUCGAUGGGGCUUCAACUUCCAAGUGGGCGCACCACUUCAAUCGAACUCGCGUUACGAGUGGGAACCGCUGACGGAGCACGACGUCGUGCCCGAGCCCUACGCCUUGCGCGGCAUGCCCUACCUGAGGAAACACGCGCCCGGUACGCCGCGCAAAUUGCGCUUCGACGACGCGUCGACCGCCGCGGCCGCUGUCGCCACGACAGCGCCAACCACGUCGCCAACAUCGUCGACGGCAACGACGACGCCGUUGACAACGAUAAUGACCACGGUGACAACGAUGCCGAGCACGAGGAUCAUCGAGCAGAUGGAGACCGUCGUCACGCCGACGGCCGAGAGGACGCCGCCGCAGGAGCCCCGAGUGCCCGAGAUUGGCGAGGUCACGAUGCCCAAUCAACUCCUGGAAACGGACACCAAGAGGAAGAGGUGCGCGAUAGAGCCGACCACUCCCGUACUACCUUCUACCGCGAGGAAACAAUCCAGUAUCACCGACUACAUGAAGAGUCGUAAACGCGGCCUGAACGGCACCACAAAGAGCAUGAUAGAGCCACCGGAGAAGAUCACUCGCAACGCGGGUCAGAUACGCAGCUAAAAGCCUUCAGCUUCCUUAUUCGAACGUCGCCGUCUUUUUCCACUUCGUUCAUGCCCACCGUGAGAUAGUUACCGGAAGCGAGGAAACUGCUUCGCCGUGUGGAAUUAACGAGGAAGAGAAGAGGGCAAGGAUUCUUCUUGGGCAGGGGGAGGCGCGAAAGGUCCGCGUUGGCUGUGCCAUUCAUAUGUAGUUUUAUUCGCCAUGAGCGCAGGCGAAACGAAUGAAUAAAAAGAAAAAAAAAAAAGAAAAAAGUUUACGAGAAACGGGAGGUAACGCCGUUCUCCAUCACGUAUAUCUUCGUUUGUCAAUAGCAUUUUGAAAUACCGCGAGAAUUAUGAGACCAGCGGCAAUCAAGAAAAGACGUGAGGCGAGGGGAAAAUAGAAGGAUAAGAAAUAGGCAAGAACGAAGGAAUGCUUGGUGGGGAAAGAGAGAGAAAGCGAGAAUAUGACUCUCGUCGCUAUUUUUUUAUAAUAUGUGUCACAUCAUUUUCUGUAUUAGAAUGUAGAGUAAGUAAUACUAAGGAAGAAUAUAAAAAAAAAUUAGAUUGUAGAUAGAGUAAUAUUUUGAUUUGUGUCCAAAUUAAUUAAUGUAAUAUAUUCAUUGUUUGUUUCUGAAACGUUCGUAGAAAAAUGUUUAAACGAUGUCGUUACACAAACAUGUUAUGGAAAAAAGAGAGAGGGAAAGAAGCUAAGAAAUACAUGCAAGUUUAUAUAGGCUAUUCUCACAUAGGGAUUAGAAUUGAUUAGAUUCUAAGAGAUAGAACACAGAGUAUAUCGCGCGUUCAUUGGAUCUAAUUGAAGGGAAUGCUUGAGCUGGUCCAUGGAAUUUUCGGUACUUGUGAUUGCGGCGUUCUAAGCCCGGUGAUGAAAUUCUUUUAUUAUAGCUGUAAAGAUACUAAAAUUCUAUUGGAAAAUAGUCAUGUGGCAAAUAUCGCGCUAAUUUCGAUGCCGCGUCCUUGAAAUAUGUGCGAUAUCGAAGCUACUUCAAAUUUCCAAAUUUAAAUAAAGUUUCACGGGGCCUUUGUUUGAAAUUCUCAAACGAGUCGGGCGUGGUCUUGCGAGAACAUAAAACGGAAAAGUGCAAGAAUGGUUGCGAUUCCGUGGCCAGAAUGCGACCAGCUUUAAGGAAGAAGAGAAAUAUAUAUAUGAUUUAGCUGUAGUUUGUUACCCAAGUUUAAGCAUUGAUCUCCUGUACGAUUUUAAGAAAGUACAGCCGAUGCCAAAUCACCCCGUGAUUUUUUCUUCUCUACCUAUUAAAUACAGAAAAGAUUUUCGUCAUCUCCUUUCUCCCUAUUUCCCUUCUUUAUCCCAUAUCGCAUUUGUUUCCGGCAGAUGCGAGAGACAUAAUCGUCAUAAAGUCACAGUUUUUACGACAAAAAAAAAGUUUAAUUUCCUCUUUCAUAUCAUUCUCAUUUCUUUUACGUUGCGAAUUAAAAUAUAAACCUUUUUUUAAUAUUUUUAUGUGACUUUCGGUUAAGUUGGAUUCCUCGGUUUCGCCGCGAUAUUCUCUUGAGAAUUUAUUUAUAUUUAAACAACGCUUUUCAGCCGUGCUAUAAUUUUCCGCAUUUGAUUUAGACACAUAUAACAGUUUAUAUAAAAAUUACGAUUUUGAACAUCUGUUUGAUGAAACGUAAAGCUAGUAGAAAGUUUUUUUUAGAGAUUUGACUUAACCUAAUCUUAAAAAAAAAACACCCGAUGAUUCCAGUGUAAUGUCUCCGUCAAGAAUUUUAAAUUAAUUACAAUGGUAUUAAUCUUUCGUUAGAUAAUAUACGUAUAUUAAAAAGGAGUUUCUUUUAAAAAAAGAAAUUAUAUUAAACUCAACCUUCAAUUAUCUAACAAGAGGUUAAUAGCUAGUUACUCUUCAUUUUUGUAAUUAUACAAAGAGAAGCAUUUUUUUGACAGACAUCAUCGAGACCAACAAUAAGCAUUUCACAGUGUAGAAGGAGUCCAGUGCAAAUAGUGAGGCGAGCGUUUAUUUCGUUCGUCGACAACGAAUUUAUAAAGCGUAAAAUAUUAGCGUAUUACCUAAUUGUAUAUUAAUUGAGAGUUUUAUAAUGGUAGCUGUUUAUCAUACACGACUUUUUGUUCGUUAACGCCCCAUUAACGUGAUCCUCAUCAAAUAUCCUAUCGCAUCUUGCUCCUCCUGAUACUUUUUUCCUGCCUGCCAUUUCCUUUUUGAGAUUAUAGCCCAAAAAUACGACUGGUGGUUACAAGCUAUUUUUUCAAUGUCCGCCCGUAACAUCGAGCAUGUGGGAAAGAAGCGUCGAAAAAGUGCAACGAUAAAUCAAAUUUAAACGUACGCAAUUGAUCGCAAUGCUCAUUUUUUUCUUUCGUGCGGAACAGAAAAUCCAGAGUUUCACAAAAUUCACGAAAUAGCAGUUGGAUCGGUUGAAAAAAUAACUAUCAUUGAUUAUUAUGCUCGUGGCAGAUGCGGCACCUCGCGAUCUCGGCAUUAGUGCAACAUGUUAAAGGAAAAGCAAGUGAAUUUAUUCCAACAAUGUCACUAUGGCGUAUGACAUCUCUUCGACAAUCUUUCACUCGAAAAAGUGGCAAUAUCGUGAUAAUAUUUUUGAGUUGUAGUAAAAAUAAUUAUUUUUUGUCUUUAAUGACGAAAAAUAAUUAUUUUUUGUCUUUAAUGACGAAAAAUAAUUUUUUUUAAUGACGAAAUUGCAAAAUUAAAUAAAAAUAAUCAAAAGUUCUUCAUACAUCACGAUGUCAUCGUUAGAUAAAAAAAAACAGAACUUAGGAAUCUCGUAAGAUCUGAUGAGAAAACCGUGACGCGCGGUGCCUGUCGUGGAGAAAACUCAACAAAAAAAAUAGCAAAGAGAGAAAAAUCUAUUGUUUAUGUAACCCUGUGAUGUAUUAGUAUGAUCUCAGUAAACAUAACUUAGCGUACUUUCAUCUAUAAUAAUUAGAUUAUUAUAGAUAAUAAUUAUGUAUGUAUAUGCGACAAUGUGACAGACAUUUGAAAAUUGUCACGUAGAGCAUAAAAAUUAGAAAUCACGGAUAAGGUCGACGAUUCCCGACAUUUGUGUAUAUGUGUGUGAAUGUGCGUGCGCGUGUGAUACAUGCAUGAGAGAGAGAGAGUGUACAUAGUGCAUUCUGCAGAAUAAAAGAUGAAAGAGAAAAACAUAAUACAAAAGAGGCCACCUAGUGAAUCACGCCUCAUUUUCAGUCGAUACUCCGUGAUAUAAAAUUUAUAUAUGUGUAACGACAAUAUUAUAUGAUGUAUAAUUAUACAUAAAAAAGCUGUAACUAUAUAAGAGAGUAUAAAAAACUAACUAACUAACUAACAUAAGUGAAUUGUGACCCCAAUUGUUUAUUAAAAAAAGAUCUAUCUAUAUGAAAAA